AUGGGACUUCAGUGUCCGGGGCUGCAGACCUCCCCGUCAGCCAGGAAGCGUUCUCGCUUCUGUCUGGUGGGAAGUGACCGCCUGGGCGUAGCUAAGGAGUCCCAGGAGCUGCACGUCACCUCGUUCCCCUUCGCCCUGCAGACGCAGAACACGCGCAUCAGCCCCUACAACGAGAUCCACUGGCCCUCCGCUUUCAGCAACGACGUGGACCUGUACCACGAGAGAACGCGCUACCUGGGAGUGUCUGAGCUGCUGGAGUCCACCCGGCUGGGGAGCAGUCUGCCCCUCAUGAGAUACGACUCGUCCUUCGAGAGCAUGACCUCCGCGCUGGAGGACAGGUUCCCUAAGCUCCACAGCGCGGUGAUCCGCACCACCGUCCUGGUCCAGCACUACUGCCUGGCCCUGAUGGCCGCGUCGGGGCGUCUCCACAGCGCCCAGAACCACCUCCACAAGCACACCUCCGUGGAGACCCUGGAGAUCGUCCAAUCGCUGAUCGGCGCCGGGCGGCGGUGCCCCGCCCACCACGGCCCCAUGGUGCUGCUGCGGAUCCCCUCGCUGGCCCUCGCCGCCUGGGCCCAGCGCCGGCUGGCGGACGUGCGGCGGCGGCUGGGGCUGGAGGACACCUUCGAGAUCAUCCUGGGGAACCCCGGACAGCCGCUGAGCGUGGGACACACCUUCACCGAGCGCAUCAAGUCGUGGCUGGAGAUCCAGGACGUUGGCUGGGUGCCCGGGACCUACCUGGAGCUGGAGGGCCUGCCUUGCAUCCUCAUCCUCUCUGGGGCUGAACCUCUGGGGGAGUCCCUGCCCAGGUCGUUGAAAUACUGCGACCUGCGCGUCAUAAGCUCCUCCUACCUGCAGCGGACCACCCUGGAGCAAGAGUUGGGAUUGGCCGCCUACCUGGUGAGGGCGGAGUCUCGGCCCCCCCACGACCCCGGACCAGGAAGUGACCUCCUGGAGAGCGACGCGGACAAGCUGAGCAGCACGGACAACGAGGAGGAGGAGGCACCCGACACCGGUUCUCCUCAACCCUCCAGCGCCGGGGCCCCAGACGCGGCCCCCGCCCAGGAGACUACGCCCCCCCACCCCCGGGGGCCAGCCCCGGACCCCUGCCAGCCCUACCCCCACCCGACCCCCCAGCGACACCUACAGCACCCCCAGUCUCAUCCCCACCCUCCUCCACCUCCCUCCUCCUCCUCCUCCUCCUCCUCCGGGCCCUCCCCCCUCCUCCCCCAGUCCCAGCCUCACCCUCACGCCCCUCCUACUCCCUCCUCCUCCUCCUCCUCCUCCUCCUCUGGCCCCUCCCCCCUGCUCCCCCCUCCUCGCUCCCAGCGCCCGCCCUCCAAGUCCACCUCCUCCGACUCCCUGUCGCCGCGCUCCUCCUCCUCCCCGGCCCAGAGCUGCUCCUGGGCCCGGGGCGUCAGCCGGCCCCCCUCCGUGCCUCCCCGAGCCCUCUAUGACAUCAUCACCGCCAGCGACGGCAGCGGGCUCCCACGAUGCACCUCUUUCCUGCCGCACAUGUCGGUCGCCUGGGCAGCAGCUUGCAGGCCCCUGCUGAGCAAGAUGAUGACGUACGAGCAGUCCCUGUACUACCGCCAGUGGACUCCACGUGCAUACCACAUGGACCGCACCAACCGCACCGAGGGGCGCAGCGACAACUUCCACCCCCGCCGGCUGCUGCUGAGUGGACCGCCCCAGGUGGGUAAGACAGGGGCGUACCUGCACUUCCUGGGCAUCCUGUCCCGCAUGCUGAUCAGACUGAUGGAGGUGGACAUCUACGAUGAGGAGGACAUCCACUGCAGUGCGCAUGUGGAGGGGGUGCAGUACCACCCAGCCGGGACCCCCUGGCCCAUCCCGGAGGUCAUGAGGUCGAUGCCCUUCGACUACACCGUCCACGACCCCAAACACGACGACGUCAGCAACGUGUACUGCCCCGGGCACAAGCCCAGCGCUGACGCCGAGCCGCCGCGGCAGGAAGACGUGUACCUGCGCCGGCGUACGUCCCGGAUGAAGCUGUCCAAGCACGCCGCCUACAACACCUACCACCACUGUGAGCAGUGCCACCAGUACAUGGGCUUCAACCCCCGAUACCAGAUGUGCGAGUCCUCGCUGCACACCUUCACCUUCUCCCACCUGCAGCUGGGCGACGAAAUCCAGCUCUUCUUCAUCAUCCCCAAGUCCAAGGAGCACUACUUCAGCUUCAGCCAAUCAGGAGGCCAGCUAGAGAGCCUGAGACUGCCCCUCACCUCCGAAUGGAGCCCCGACUGCAUCAAGAGCCCCAUCUUCAUGCCCACCACGGGGCGCCACGAGCACGGCCUGUUCAACCUGUUCCACGCCAUGGACGGCGCCGCUCACCUCCACAUCCUGGUGGUCAAGGAGUACGAGAUGCCCGUCUACAAGAAGUACUGGCCCAACCACAUCAUGCUGGUCCUGCCCAGCGUCUUCAACGGAGCCGGCAUAGGUGCCGCCCACUUCCUGAUCAAGGAGCUGUCCCACCACAACCUGGCCCUGGAGCGGUCCCGCCGGCAGGAGGGCGGGGGGCCCCCGGGGGACGUGUGGCCCUUCGUGGUGGUCGCCGACGACUCCUGCGUCAUGUGGAACGCGGUGGACGUCGACGCUCGCGGCGGCCAGGUGGAGCGCGGGGCGUCCCUGAAGCAGGUGCUGCAGACCAUGGAGGCCUGCCCCGACCUCGCCCACCUCGGCCUCUGUGGCCUCCGGAAGUGGAACAGCCGCGGACUCAAAGGUCACCGGAGCCGCGAGCCCUUCCACCGCGGCCAGCUCCACGACUUCCUGCUGGUCAACGUGGACCUGUGCCGGGCCGUCCCGUACGACCAGCACCGCUUCAGCUGCCACGACGUGGACUUCGCCCUGCGGGCCCACAGCGCCGGCCUGCUGCUCUGCCGCUUCAACGGCUUCAGCGUCAUGAAGAAACAGAUCGCCAUCGGCGGGUACCGCACCUUCAUCAUCAAGACCAAGAUGACGGACGUGCCCACCUCCGUGGGGCCGCUGCAGUACGUGUGCGCCCCCGACAGCAAGCACCUGUUCCUGGCCACGCCCGCCCGGCUGCUCCUGGAGAGGUACCUCCAGCACACGGGCCACCAGCUGUUCCCCCUGGGCACCCGGGGCCACGCGCACCCCGUCCUGUCGGUGGACUGCUUCCUCAACCUGGGGCCCGAGGUGACGGUGUGCUUCGUGAGCUCCAGGCCCCACUCCCUCAACCUGAGCACGGCCGGCCUCCUCUUCAGCGGCCUCCUGCUGUGCUUCACCGACUCCUGCGUCACGCCCUCCUUCCUCAAGAAGUUCACCUUCCUCCAAGGGGCGACCCUGUGUGUGAUCUGCGCUGACCGCAGCUCCCUGCGCCAGGCGGUGGGCCGUCUGGAGCUGGAGGACGAGUGGCGCUUCAGGCUCAGCGACGAGUUCCAGACCGCCAACGCCAAGGAGGACCUCCCGCUCUUCUUCCUGACCGGGAAGCACAUCUAGCUCCUCCCCCUCCACAUCUAGCUCCUCCCACUAUUUUUCCUGACCGGGAAACAUAUCUAGCUCCUCCCACUCCACAUAUAGCCCCUCCCACUCCACAUCUAGCUCCUCCCACUCUUCUUCCUGACCGGGGAGUACAUAUCUAGCUCCUCCCACUCCACAUCUAGCUCCUCCCACUCUUCUUCCUGACCAGGAAGCAUGUCUAGCUCCUCCCACUCCACAUCUAGCUCCUCCCCCUCUUCUUCCUGACCGGGAAACGUAUCUAGCUCCUCCCACGUAUUCCCACUCACAUGUAUAGCUCCUCCCAGUCUUCUUUACUGACCGGGAAAUACAUCUAGCUCCUCCCACUUCCACACAUAGCUCCUCCCACUCUUCUUCCUGACAGAGAAACAAAUCUAGCUCCUCCCACAUAUACCUCCUCACAUGGGUAGCUCCUCCCACACAUAGCUCCUCCCACUCUUCUUCCUUACCUUACAGUGCUGCCCGCUGUUCAGAACUCCUCCCACAGCUAGGAACUCCUCCCACAUGUCUGGCUCCUCCUACAUCAGACUCCUCCCACUUCUGGCGCCUUCCAGUUCCUCACACAUCGGAAAACUCUCCCAUAUGACUCCUCCCACACUUGAUACCUCCCCCGACCUGACUCCGCCCACUAGUGGGGGGACCCUGAACCGUGCCUUCUCUCUCCCUAAAGACACUCCAUGUGAAGGGGGGGAGGGGUAGUUCACGGCCUGCGCCAUGCGUUACCAUGGAAACCAUGAUUUCAUCAAAGGUGAGAUGUUAACAAAAACAUGAGAUUCUUGAUGACUGCUACUUACCAGUGUACACACACAUACACACAUAUACACACACACACACACACACACACACACACACACACACAGACACACACACACACACACACACACACAC